CUGGUUUUGUAGGAAGUUGAUGGGAUCUAUGUGAUCCUUGGCUGCGCGGUGCCGAACACUCCUGAUACUUUGGGAGGAUCAUGAGACAGGAAGGCAGGGCCCCAGCGGCACCGUGGGCGCGCGAGGGAGUGUUGGGGAGCAGGGCCUUCUGUGGGUGCGCGUCUGCAGGGACCGGCUGCGGGGUAACUUGUCAUCUGGGGUGGGCGCCUCGGCCGCUCCGGGGAGCUCCGGUUCUUGAGGCCGCGGGUUCGGCCGGUGGAUCAUUCUGGGGGCAGCGGCGGCCCAGUGGCGGGUGGCUGCUGGGUGGUCCCGCGGGAGGCCGGCCUCCUGGGCGCCUCGUCUGGGGGGACCGGGCUGUCGCCGCCCCUAGUCCGAGGCCGGUCUCCAGGCGCCGUGGUCCUGGGCGCCCGCUCCGGAGCCUCCCGGUCCAGCCGUUCUCCACCUGUUGGGCUUUGUUCCCUUUCUGGGGAGACACGCAUGAUGCCACGCAGAGGCCACCGGAGCCCGCCGUGACCCGCCUUUCAGUCACGACCAGAGGAAGCGAGGAGCCAGAUGGUCGCACGGAUGCCUCGGAAAUAUUUGUUAAGAACUCUCCGUGGGCCAGACACAGCACUAGCCUUUGGGGCAUAACAGGGCCUCAUUCCUGCCCUUUGGGGAGUAAGGGCUGUGAAAAUCUCCUGUCAAUCUGCAGGCAAAUGUCAGUCCAGAUGCUAGAAACAAGGCCAGGAUGACCCGAUCGAUGACCUCGCACGCACGUGUUCUCUGAGUGCACCUGGCCGUGGGGAGGUCAGCACCAGGACGACGGGGACGAGAUGCCACACGAGUACUUUGAAGUAGUGAAGCCUUUCAAUGGUGUCCUAUCACCAGGGAUACUGAUGGAAAACAUUUGUAUUUCGAGCUUUUAAAAUAUUGAUCAUCAAUUUGAGUUCUAAUCCGAGAGAUCCUGUGGGUGCCGUGUCUCUCUUCCGGGAGGUGGGAAGGUACCACCGGGAGACUACUUGGCACUCACACGAUUAAAGGGCCCCGCGUACUUUUUCUUUGCGGAGAAGAAAGAACCGAGAAGGCAAAGGUUUGAGAUGGUGAAG